AUCUUUCUUUGCUAAGCACUGGGCCAUUCACUUCUCAUUUGUGGUACACGGUUACUUCUCGUGAAAUCUCGCGAUGGCUGACUCAGACGAGAUCGCAGCACGGGGAAAAAUGACGUCUUGUCAACAACACUAACAAAGUGAAAAGGCAUGUCACAAAGUCCCGCUGAAUAGCCAGACAGCCAUCAGAGCCCGCAUCCUGCUGUCCCCAUGACAACCCCUCCAUUGGCACAGUUCCCUGGGCAACAGGCUCAGGCAGCUCGGGAUGUGAACACAGCCUCGCUAUGUCGGAUUGGACAGGAGACGGUGCAGGACAUUGUCUUACGAACCAUGGAGAUCUUUCAGCUGCUGAGAAACAUGCAGCUGCCGAAUGGUGUCACCUAUCAUCCUAACACUCAUCAGGACCGGUUGGGUAAACUGCAGGAGCACUUGCGGAUGCUCUCUGUUCUUUUCCGAAAGCUCCGUCUCGUCUAUGACAAAUGCAAUGAAAAUUGCGCUGGUCUGAACCCCAUCCCUCCUGAGCAACUUAUCCCCUAUGUAGAAGAUGACAGUUCUAAACUGGAUGACCGAACGGCCAAUCAAAUGCAUGCUGCCAGCGAAGAGAGAAGAGAAGUACUAGAAGUUAAUAAGAAACUCAAACAGAAGAACCAGCAGCUGAAGAUGAUUAUGGACCAGCUCAGAAACCUCAUCUGGGAGAUCAACUCCAUGCUGGCUGUCAGGAGCUGAAACACAGAGUCAGUGUUGUACAUGCACAGCCCAUGUUCGCUGCAUUCACGAGCGGGACACGUAAGAUAAAUGCAGGAAAGAGCAGCGAGGCACAAAAUUGAGCGAAGGUAGGAAGCGAAAAGAGGACUGAACUGAAGAAAUUCUGCUACAUUUAUAACACACGGUUGAAAUACCAUUCGGUUCAGCCGUCUUGGAUUCAAUUUUCAACCUGAUGAACAUUAGAAGGUCUGAGCAGUCUGCUCAUUCACUCAGAUAUGCUUUAAAAUGAACCUUUUACGCAAGUAUAUUCCUCAUAUUUUGCAUGAGCGAAAGCUCCUAUUUACUGUAGUUCUCAAUCACAACUUGCAGAAGAAAUAUUAUGUGAAACAUAUUGCGUAUUAGUGUGGUGUUAAUAGAUGUAUUAAGUAUAAACCUCAUACCAGUGCGUAUGACUGCUUCAUAUUUUUAUGGUCACGUUUGAAAAAAAAAAAAAAAAAAAAAGGUCUGACUUUAGUAUGAUUAGAUCUAAACGCGCCAUAAAAACACACAGAAUUUCACCAUGUACACUAUAAAAGAAAUUCAGUCAAAUUUACGGUUAAGAAAAAACCAAUGUACAAAACUGAAAAAAAAAUUUAAAUCUGAAAUGUAAGGAAUUCUGGGAAUAUCAAUUUAUAGUUAUACGUUCCUUUUCACUUCUAAAAAUGGUAUAAUACCAUAAAAGUACAUGUAAUGUCCUAUUGUCUUUUCUGUGUAUUAUAGGAGAACUAAUAGUUAACACAUUAAUGUAGCAUUGUUUCAGUCGUUUAUCGUUAUUUUUUAGGGUUUGCAGCUCAAUAUAAUCCAUAACCCCUUUAUCUGUAACCUCUUUAUGAUCAUUAAUCAGAGGAAUAAACACGCGAUUCAUGUCA